AAAAUAAUUAUUUUUGAGUUUCUUCGCCGACACCUACACUGUGUGUUCUUCCUACCUCACUCCCUUUCUCUCUCUUCAUUACUCUGUAAACCAAGCUUCGAAUCUCUCUCUCUCUCUCUCUCUCUCUCUAAAUGGCAAAACCCACCUCUUUUUCUUCAUUACAACCCUUCUGUGACUGCAUGUCUUCUUCUAGGUCAAACUGUAUUUGAUGAUCACUGCUUGAAAACACUCGAAAAUGGUGGCAAAUCGGUGUGAUCAGUUUCUUCUACUGAAGUUCGUUGCGGUGAUCUUCGUUUCGUUGAGUUUUGUUAACGGCACUACUGAUCCCAGUGACGUUCAAGCAUUACAGGUUUUGUACACAUCUUUAAACAAUGCUGCACAGCUAACAAAUUGGAAAAGCAAUAGUGGUGACCCAUGUGGUGAGUCAUGGAAAGGGGUUACCUGUGAUGGCACUUCUGUUAUUUCCAUUCAACUACCUGGUUUAGGGAUUGAUGGGACACUGGGAUACUUGUUGUCUGGCCUCACUUCACUGAAAACAUUGGAUUUAAGUGGAAACAACAUUCAUGAUGCACUUCCAUAUCAGUUACCCCCAAAUCUUACUAGCCUAAAUCUUGCAAACAACAAUUUAACUGGAAAUCUCCCGUAUUCCAUAGCCAUGAUGUUUAAUCUGAAUUACAUGAACCUUAGUCACAAUGUACUCACUCAAACUGUUGGAGAUAUAUUCAAUAAUCUCACUAGUCUUGCUACAUUGGAUCUUUCAAACAACAACUUAACUGGAGAUUUACCAAAUUCCCUCAGCUCAUUGUCAAACAUUUCUACAUUUCAUGUGCAGAAUAAUCAAUUAACAGGUUCUUUAAAUGCUCUAUCUGGUCUGCCUUUGACUGAUGUAAAUAUAGCAAACAACCAUUUUAAUGGAUGGAUACCACGUGAGCUUUUGUCUGUUCCUUCUUUCGUAUAUGGUGGAAAUUCAUUUGACAAUGGCCCUGCCCCCCCUCCACCACCAUUCACCCCACCGCCACCUGGCAAAACUCCAAAUAACCGCACCCGUUCUCCACCUUCACACACACCUACAGCAUCUAAACUGCCAUCAUCAAAUACAAGCAGCGGAAAGAAACUAAGCCUUGGGGGUAUUUUGGGAAUAAGUUUGGGUUCUGCAUUCUUGAUACUUCUUAUAAUUCUUUCACUUAUUUUCUGCCUUCGAAAAGGUAAAAAGAAAGAAAAUGUCACAAGAACUUCCACACCUAUCAGUAGCGAGAAAGUUAAUACAGAAUUACAAGAGCAGAGGGUAAAACCAACAACCAGCAGCAUUGUGGAUAUGAAGCCUCCAAUAACUGAAAACUCCACAUUUGAGAGAGGGAAAAAUGGAUCCAUGAAGAGAGUGAAAUCUCCUUUAACAACUAGUUCUUAUACAGUUGCAACUCUUCAAACAGCAACAAAUAGUUUCUCUCAAGACAAUAUAAUUGGUGAAGGCUCUUUAGGGCGUGUUUACAAAGCAGAUUUCCCAAAUGGAAAGAUGAUGGCAGUUAAAAAGAUAGAUAAUGCAGCAUUAUCACUUCAAGAAGAAGAUAAUUUUGUUGAAGCUGUUUCAAAUAUGUCACGUUUAAGGCAUCCAAACAUAGUUCCAUUAGCUGGAUAUUGUGCUGAACAUGGUCAACGCCUUUUGGUUUAUGAAUACAUUGCAAAUGGAAGCUUACAAGAUUUACUCCAUUUUCUUGAUGAUAGGACCAAAACUUUGACAUGGAAUGCACGUGUUAGGGUUGCACUUGGCACUGCUAGAGCUCUAGAGUAUUUGCAUGAAGUUUGUCUUCCUUCUGUUGUUCAUAGAAACUUAAAGUCUGCAAAUAUUUUACUCGAUGAAGAGCUUAAUCCUCAUUUGUCAGACUGUGGUUUAGCUGCCCUUACACCAAACACAGAGCGAGAGGUAGCAACACAGUUGGUUGGGUCAUUUGGUUACAGUGCUCCCGAAUUUGCAUUGUCUGGCAUAUACACUGUAAAAAGUGAUGUUUAUAGCUUUGGAGUGGUAAUGUUGGAGAUUUUAACUGGUCGAAAGCCAUUGGAUAGUUCAAGAGCAAGAUCUGAACAAUCACUUGUAAGGUGGGCCACCCCUCAACUCCAUGAUAUCGAUUCUUUAGCCAAAAUGGUUGAUCCUACAUUGAAUGGCAUGUAUCCUGCCAAAUCUUUGUCUCGAUUUGCUGACAUCAUCGCCCUUUGUGUCCAGCCCGAACCGGAGUUCAGGCCUCCAAUGUCUGAAGUUGUGCAAGCAUUGGUUCGGCUUAUGCAAAGGGCAAGUGUGGUAAAAAGGCGAUCAAGUGAUGACUCAGGAUUCAUAUACAAAACACCGGAUCAUGAGGCGUAUGAGAUGUCAUAUUAGCUCAAAAAAAAAAAAAAAAAACCUUGCAAUUUUCACGUAUAUUAAUGCAAAGGUCAAAGAGUCAACAUU